UUUUCUUCGCAUGUUCGCAUCUUCUUUCCCCCAGUGCUGAAUGUUUUUUUAACAUCGAAAAAUCCUUCAAGAACACGUGCUUUCGUAAGACGGGGGUAAUGGAAAUCUAUUAUUUUUAAAUUUCUAGGCUGAACUAAUGGGUUCUCCACCGCGGAAGAAAUUUAAAGAUAGUGCUGUUCCGACCUUGUUUAAUUUUACAAAACAGCCUGAGAAACGUAAAAGAACAGAAAAAAGAAUCGAAGACCGUCAGAAACGACAGCUAAUUGAUUCUAUGCUGGAAACAGAAGCAAGUGAUACUACACAACCUAAAAAUAAACAAGAAAUGGGAACCCAGACUGAAACAAAUGGCGUUGAUAAAGCUGUCAAUGCUGUCAAGUGCACUAAGACACGCGGCGUUCAAUGUCAAUCAUCACUGUAUGUGAGUCAUGAAAAGGUUGGAAUCCAAGUUGCUCCAAUAAAAGUGAAGAUUCCAAAACCAAAAAAAAAGGACAAAUGUUGUAAUACCGAUUUUUCUUUCUCGCCCGAUGUAGAAGUAUCGAUGUCUGUCAUAGAAGAAUUUUCAGAAUACGAGGAAGAAGCAAUUAGUAAUAAUGAGAAAAGUCAAGACGAAUCGUUCAAUUUGGAAAAUCUGUCAGAUAGUGAGAAUGAUAACGACGUCGGAUUUGCUCUCCGUGAAUGGGAUAUAAAUACCAUUUUCAGAUGGAUAUUUAUUACGAAUUGCCCAUAAAGCACACGACGGUAUAAUUUUUCGCACACCUUUUCCCAACCUGUUAUGUAUCCACCACGUGUACUGUUUAUAACCGGCAAAACGUAGUGAACUAAAAAGAAAUUGUGAUAUAACACAAGUUUGUUCCCAAGUCCUUUCUUGCCCUUAACCCUUAAAAUAAGAUGCAAUAAAAAAACGUACCAAUUAUCCGUGUGCAUUGCAUCGCCCCUUAAAUUAUUUAGAGCAGACAGUGCAGUGGUUAGUACUGGUUUACAUAGACAAACCAUCCCAAAAGUUUCGGCUUCAGUAAUACAUUGUUUUCCUAAAAAGAAAAUUUUAAAAAAUGACCCCCGUCUCAAGUUUUGAUUUUUGAGCGCACGUUCUCAUUCGAUUUGUAAAGCUGAACAAAAUAAAACAACCACCGUUGUGUUUUUUUUGUGAGAUUGUUUUGGCAGUAGCGAAUGAUAACGAAUAAAAUAUAUGCGAAGGAGAGUUAAAUGUUUUUGAGAAAAAACUCAUGUUAGGCAAAAUAUUUUGAAAGAAGUUUUGCGUCAGUUGUCGUGUUCGUAGGCAUAUUUUUUUUUAUCAACGCGAAGACCAAUAUUUAAAGGGAAUAUGUAGAGUUUUGUUAUGGUUUUAAACACGAAAAAGAAAAUUAUGCUUGGCUAAAUUUUUUGUUUAUUUUACCUUCAAAAUGAUUGUCAGGAAUUUCAUUUGUAUCCCUGCAACACAAGCUUUCACUGUACGACUCCAUCGCUCUACAGUGACCACCGCAUUGGCACCAGUUAUUAUUGCCGAUCCUUGAAACUUCAUCUUCUUCCUCAUCACUCUC